AUGGCUCGUAGAUUUCUUCGAACAACUCCUCUCCAUCACUUCUCUGCACCCUUUACACCAAAACCCCUUUUGUUUUCCACAAAUCAAUCCCUCUACAGGAAGCAGAUUUCCCUCUCCACUCUCCUUCAAAGGUACGGUUUCCCUCCCACUCAGCUCCACACUUUCCUUUCCAGAAAUCGCUCUCUCUUGAAUUCCAAUUUACAUGAUAUCGAGAAAUCCCUUAGUAUUCUCCUAGCAUCUUUCAAGAUUCCACCCAAAUCUAUCGUUUCUCUUAUCAAUGACUGCCCCGGGGUCUUGAACUUUGAUUUCUUGAAGAAAUGGGAAAUGGCUUUUUCAGAACUUGCCGAUUUGGGCGUUUCUCCAUUGCUCAUCAAAAGUGUUUUGGAGCAUUCUAAGAUAUUCCAGAUUGAGCCAGAUAGGUUUAAUGAGACUUUGAAGCUUUUGAAGGGUUUAGGGUUUAGUGAGGGUACUACAAGGAGGGUUUUAGAGGGUUUUCCUCGAGUGAUUGCUUUGAAGGAAAGCGAAAUACAUAAGAAAAUUCAAUUUUUGAUGGGAAUUGGAAUUCCUAGAGAUGGCCUUGACUGGGUUUUCAAUUCAUUUCCUGAGGUUUUAGGAUUUGGAAUCGAAAAUAGGCUAAUUCCAUUGCUUAAUGAGUUUCAGGAUUUGGGUUUCAGUAAAGAGUUGGUUAGGAAUGAGAUAAUUAGAGAGCCACGGGUUUUUGGUAUGGAAGUAGGUGAACUUUCAAGGUGUCUGGACUUGAUUAGGUCUUUGAAAUGUCGAGAACCGAUCAAAUUGGCUGUCUUUAGUGAGGGAGCAUUUAUAGCUGGGUUUGAAGUGAAACUAAGAGUUGACUGCUUAUGCAAACAUGGGUUGAUUCGCAGAGAAGCAUUGAAGAUUUUGUGGAAAGAGCCAAGGGUCAUUUUAUAUGAUAUAGAUGACAUUGAGAAGAAGAUUGAGUUUCUUGUGAACACUAUGAGAUUUAAUGUCGGCUGCUUGGUUGAUGUUCCAGAGUAUUUGGGCGUGAAUUUUGAGAAGCAGAUUGUUCCUAGAUACAAGGUGAUAGAGUUUUUGCGUGCAAAAGGUGGACUUGGAGAUGAGAUAGGAUUGAAGGGUAUAAUCAAGCUAAGUAGGCUUAGAUUCUAUAAUAUGUAUGUCAAGCCAUAUCCAGAAUGCGAAAAAAUGUUUGGAAGGUUUUCAGGAGAUUUUCAAGUAAAAAGCCAACAUCCAGCGGGAUUAUGGAAGCUUUUUAAACACCAACAAAAGGAUCCUGACUCGAAAGAAGAUGUGAAGAACAUGAAGGCCUUCAUGGAAGCAGGAGAUGUGGCGAGAGACUUUGUCGAGCAGUCACUUGUUGCUAUAAGCUUUGAAGCAAGGAAAUUCAAGUUAUUCUUGAACCGAUCAGGGGAGAUUCGUGCAUGCGAGUGCUCUCUUGCCAGCUCUCAACCAGCAUUUACUGGAAGUUUGGCGCUUCUCACUCAGGAUUGGAUUAUUAAAAUUUAA